AUAGUUUUUAAAGUAUUUUAUAUUCUUGUAUAGUAUUAUGAAACUUAAAGAACACAAGUUUCUUGUCCUUAUAUAUAUAUAUCAAUUUAUAGUUCAGAAGUUUUUAAGAACCAAUAACGUGUAAAAAAAAGAAUGAACUCAUAUCAUAAAAGUAUCAAGUACCUUAUAAGUUAUAUUUCAAGUAAAUUUUAUCAAAGUAUAAAGAAUUCUUAUAAAUUUAUUUACGUACAUAAAUGAAUAAAAAGAACAAUUAUUAAAAAUUAAGCACCAUACCAGCAUCCAGUGUUGGUGACACUGUCUAGAAAGUUGUAGUAUAACCUUAAAAUUUGACAUUAAAAAAUUACGUAAGAAUGUUCUGUCAUGUGUCAAACUUAGGUUCUUUUCUGAUCGAAUAGUAUCGUUUAUCGUGAAAUGUAAAUAUUUGUAAUAUAAGAUUAAUUUUUAGUUAUUGUAACAAUAUAUUCUACGAACCACAAAAUCGUUAUCAUGUAAGUCGUCAUUUACAACAAAAGAUAAGAUGAUGCACAUUACUAGAGCAGAUACUUCUGAACGAAGAUUCGAGAUACAAUGUAAAUUAGAGACAGAAAUUGCAUCCUUAGAAGCUUUGAAGGAAGCAGAAGAACGAAGUAGAAAAUUAACUAAUAAUGUUGUGGGAAUACUUUCUUCUCUGGAACAACGUCUUGCAACAUUAAGGCGCACUAUACUUCCUGUUUACAAUGAAACAGGAAAUCUUCAAGCACAACAACAAAACAUAGAAAGAACUUUAAAUGCUUUAGAUCAUGCCAUUGGAUAUUAUGGAGUUUGUCAGGAAGUAGAAGGAGCAGUGCAAGCAGGUCCAGGAGGAUCUGGAGGAUUAGAUAGUUUCUUAGAAGCAAUGAAUCGUUUAUUUAAUGCACAGCGCUAUUUUCAAAAAAAUAAUCCAAGCUCGGUAGAAUUGGAAAAUGUAACGAGUUUAUUUGUCGUUGGAUUAGACGCUUUGUACGCAGAAUUUCAUGAUAUUUUAACUAGACAAAGUAAACCGAUAUUACCGAUUGUGCUUUUGGAUUUAAUUGGUUCCGACGAAGAUACCAGUGGCGAAGAUGCUCCGCAAUCUCUUUGUCAAUUACCAGAAAGCAUAUUAGGAGACUUACUUAAAAUUGCUGGUUGGCUCGAGGAGAGGGGACACCGUAAACAUGUGAAAAUUUAUGCAUCUGUACGUUCUGCAAUUGUUUUAAGGUCUUUACAAUUACUAAAAGAACAUCAAAGAAGUGCUAGCGGUGGCAGUACACAUGCUGGAAGUCCUUUACCAAAAGCGAAAUUUGGUAACAGACACUCGAUAGGCGGUCAAGAAGCUAGUGGAAGGAGGGCUUCUAAAAGAUUACAGCAUGCCAUUGAAAAGAAAGCCAGUAGAAUGUUAUUAAAAGCUUCUCAAACUACUGGCUUAGGAUUAUCCUUAACUGCAUCCAGAAAACCGCCGCCACAAUUGACUGGUCACUCUGUAGAGGAUACAGCACCGGAUGAACAAGAAAUGGAAAAUUAUUUAUUAUUAACAGUUGGGCUUCACAAACUUAUGCAAGCCGAGCGGUCACUGGUUGCCAAGAUUUUGCCAAUCACUUUGCAGGCACAAGUUUUAGAAGAGACUGUGCGCGAAGCUAUGGAUCUGGUAGCUCACGAUGGUGAAAGUAUAGCAACCCGUGCUAAAAGAUGCAUCGUACGACGUGACUUUUCAGCGGUAUUAGUAAUUUUCCCGAUUUUAAAACACCUUGGAGAGCUGAAACCCGACUUGGAGCGGACUGUCGAGGGUUGCGAUUACGCCCUUAGGUCGAAAUUUACUUCCGUGCUUAAUACUCUGAAUGUAACUGGUGCAAAAGCACUGGAAGACUUUGCGGAGAGCGUUCGAAACGAAUCUAAUUCAGUUUUACCUAAAGAUGGAACAGUAGCAGAAAGUACAAGCAACGUGUUAGUAUUCUUGGAGCAACUAGCAGAGUACGCGGAUACCGCGGGAGUUGUUUUAAGACGCAGCACUGAUAUGGAGGGUACAAUUUCUGUAAAACAAUCGGAAAAUAUGUACAGGAUCGUUCUGGGAACGUAUAUCAAGAAAGUAUUAGCACAGUUAAAUUUAGCACUUGUAAGUAAAAGUGACACUUGUUAUUCGGACGCUGCGCUACGAGCUCUCUUUCGUUUGAAUAAUCAUAAUCACGUGGUAAAUGCUUUGCGUCGUAGUUCUUUGAUGGAACUGCUGUUAUUAGCAGAGCCUACCGCGGAACAAUCGUAUCAUGACAUUUUAGUACGAGAUAAAAGUAAUUAUGUGUCGACCACAUUUACGAAAGCACGCACUUACCUCGAACAGCCCAUCGACGAGCCAGAACCAGGAGCAAAAACGUUGAAAGAAAAAUUCUUAGGAUUUACUAGAGAAUUAGAGGAAGUCGCAAAGUGUCAACGGUCUUAUUCUGUACCUGAUGCUCGGUUACGAGAAGAGUUACGGAAAGAACUUCAGCAAGAUAUAAUCCCCCUUUAUACAGUUUUCCAUAAUAAAUAUCGUGGAAUAUCAUUUUCCAAGAACCCAACGAAAUAUAUAAAAUAUACUCCUGAACAAAUAUCCAGAAUGAUCGAUACGUUUUUUGACACAACGGCGUAAUGAAUAACUAGAACAUUUUAAUAAACACCCAUUUAAUAAAGCAUAUUUAGUUACAUUAUUUAUGAUAUUUUUCAUGGACUGAAUUCCCGUUCCCCGGAUAGAUUGCACAGGUCAGUGGAUCUGCGACGAUUGAAAUAGAUCUCGGUCCAGCCCCACUUUAUAUAUAUUUAUA